AUGUCAGAGACGCAGCUACCGCAGGAGGGUGAGUGGAGGGCCAUACUACCAAAUUUACUCACCAAGGCAGACUUUGAGGCCCUUUCAGACCGCUUAGGUCGUGUAGUGAGGGAGGAGGUGGCCCAGUUACGUACAGACCUGGCAAAUGUGGAGGCUCGUAUGUCAGUGGCAGAGUCUGAGACCAGGGCACUCCGCACGGACCUGGAGCACACAAACUCGAUGGUAGCCACCCAAGAAGCAGACAUAGCCAGCCUCACCACGUGGGUGGACGACCUGGACCUGCGCAUCAGUGGGGUGAGGGAAGGUGACCCAGCGGAACACAUACCUGACAUAUUAAAGCGACUGUUCACCCAGGUACUAGGGGGCCAGCAAAUACCCAGACUAGGCCUAGUCAGGGCACACAGGGCACUGCGACCAAUGCCGGCACCAGAAGAACAACCAAGAGAUAUCAUAUGCUGCCUAGAAAACUACCAACUGAAAGAAGACAUUCUGCGCACGGUCCGCCGCAUGGGGACCAUACGCUUUGAGAGCCAAACCAUAUCGAUUUAUCAAGAUCUAUCCAGAUAUACCCUGAAAGCCAGGAGGGCCCUACGCCCGGUAACAUCCGCACUGCAACAGGCAGGAAUACCGUACCGCUGGGGCUACCCAUUCUCACUCUCGGCUAGGCACGGCCCAGAUCAACUAGUGGUGAGGAGACCGAGUGACCUCCCAGGAUUCCUCCGAGCCAUGGGCAUACCACUGCUCCAAAUACCGGACUGGCUGGCAAGAUCAUUUCUCCAACCACCGCCUGGACCGCAGCAACCACGCCGACCAGAGCAGGGUCCUCAAAGACUCCAGCAACAGCGCCGCAGAGACUGGAACCUAGGUCCAGCACGACGGGAGCAGGAGUACUAA